AUUUAAUGUACGGAGGAAUUCCAGAAAAAAAGUUAACAGAGAAAGACAUGCGUUUAAAUUGUUAAAGUAUAAGAGAUGAGUUUGAAAAAGAAAUAAAUAUUGAACAUUAAAGAAUCAAUGUUGAUUCAGCCAAAAAAAAGGCAGUUCUUUAUCAUCAUGAUUAUGAAGGUUUUAGAUAAAUGGUAUUGGGAGCAAAUCUAUAUUCUAUCAAAUCUAAAGAAUUAGCCAAUUUUGGAUUUAAUGAAACAAAUAAUGAGAAAAUAUUUAAUUCUUCUUAUCAAAAAUAAUAAUAACCAAGUUAAGAAGAGAUUAAAUAACUCUAAAUAAAUAUUAAAGAGAUUUAAUGCAAAAAUUUUAGAGAUUUUAGAACAUUAUUUUCUAAACAUUAUAACAAACCUUUAUCAUAAGAUAAUUAUGCUGAAUUGAUGAAGUAAACUUCAUGAUCUAAAACUUAGUAUAUUGUAAAUGUAGAGUGAAGAAAACAUAAAGAAAAUAUUUUCAGUUGACUUCCACAUAGAAUAUUUUUUUAAAAUUUUAGAAGUUUUUGAUUAUUCAAUUUCAAUAUUGAAGGAUGGAAAAGAAUUGAGUUUUAUGAUAGGUUUUUUGGGAGAAUUAGUGAAAAUAAAGGAUUUUAUUUAAUAGAUAAAAAAGUUCUUAAAAAAGUAAGAGAAAGAAGAAUUGAGAGAAUUUUUCGGAAAAUUAAAAUAAAGUUUGACAAUGGAAUACUAAUAAAUAGAAUUAAAUGAGUUGAUCCAUAAAAAGUAUGAUGAAUUAAUAAUUUAAUAUUUAUGA